GCAGAAUAUAGACACUGUUCAUCAAGUUGUCAGAAUACAUCAAAGGAGGGUAUUCUCAAUCAACGGGCUUGUUCCUGUUUGCGUCUUUGCUACCGUUCAUCCGAAUCCUUUCACAUUCUCUCUCCAUCUCUAUCAAACCUCGCAAGAAAAGAAUUCUUUAUUCUUUAGUUCUUCAACAUGUUCAAGAUCCCAGAUCACCAAGUUGCAGGACACGUGGCAGGAGCUGGUAAACUCGGUCCUCUUGUAGAUGAUUCAGGUCGUUUCUACAAGCCACUCCAAGAUGGAAAACGUGGAACAGAAGAAGUAUCCUUCUAUGAAUCCUUCUCUUCCAACACUCAAAUCCCAGAAAAAAUCCGUAAGUUCUUCCCUAUCUUUUAUGGCACCAAAAUCAUGAAAGCAUCAACUGGAAUCGAACACCCUCACAUAAUCUUACAAGAUCUUGUUUCAUCUCGCUUGUCACCCUCAUUAAUGGACAUCAAAAUCGGGGCCAGAACGUGGGCCCCAGAAGCUUCUGAAGAAUACAUUACAAAAUGCUUGAAAAAAGACAGACAAAGCACAAGUGUUUCACUUGGAUACAGACUUUCAGGGCUUCGAGUCUUUAUAGGUGAUGAAUUAGGGUUUUAUAAACCUGAGAGAGAUGUGAUGCGUAAAGCUGGACCAGAUGAUGUUAGACUGUUUCUUAUGAAAUUUGUUUCAUCUAACCUGGAAUCGGAAUUGGAAUCGGGAUCGGAAUCGGAAUCAAAACCGGAUUGUUCUUUGGCAGCUUCUGUUUAUGGUGGAGAUGAUGGGAUUUUGUCACAGUUGUUGGAAUUGAAGGCAUGGUUUGAGGAUCAAACUAUGUACCAUUUCUACGCUUGUUCGUUACUUUUCAUGUUUGAAAAGGGGUUGACUUCAAAUCCAGAAGUCAAACUUAUUGAUUUUGCACAUGUUGAAGAAGGAAAAGGGGUUAUAGAUCAUAACUUCUUGGGUGGACUUUGUUCUUUGAUAAAGUUCAUAUCUGAGAUACUUUCAGACACAAAUGAUCUCAAGAAUGGUCUGAUUGAGCCUUAGCUGACAAGAUUUGAACUUUUAAUUCCCACUUUUUCAUAAUUGUCAAGACAAUGUAUUUCCAUUUCAUUUGAACCAAGAUUUGCUUACUGUAUCAACCUUUUUUUUGAUAUAUCUGAUUCUAUUAAGUAGGUA